UACAAACGACGCUCCCGCAGUCCUCAUAAUUACCGCAUGUAACAUUCGGAGUGACGGGGCAAAUCUCACAGACUAGGGUUCAUUCUCAGACUGCAUCUAAUGAUUAUGUACAACAUCAAUGUAGUUUUGUCAACUAGUUCCCUUUAGCUAGGUGAACUACGACUUACAUGUGGCUACUAAGAGCUUUGCAGGAUUCUGACUUCAGUUGAAAUCCCAUGCUGAGUCAGGUCUCUGCGUUCGUUGGAAAUCUAGCGAUAAAAAGCAGCAGACGCCUGGCUCCGUUUUGCACAAGCUGUGUGAUGGCGAAGAGUAAGUUUGAGUACGUGCGCAGCUUUGAGACAGAUGACACGUGUUUACGGAACUGCUACAUCGUCGUUCGACUGGAUGGCCGCAAUUUUCACAAGUUUGCUGAGCAGCACAACUUUACAAAGCCCAAUGAUAACAGAGCGUUAGGCCUGAUGGCUCGCAGCGCACGAUCUGUCAUGGAGGAUCUGGAGGACAUUGCUAUAGCUUAUGGACAGAGCGAUGAGUUCAGCUUUGUAUUCAAGAGAUCAACUAACUGGUUCAAAAGAAGAGGAAGUAAACUGAUGACCCAUGUGGCAUCACAGUUUUCCUCCAGCUAUGUAUUUUAUUGGAAGGAGUAUUUUGAAGAUCAGCCGCUGCUCUAUCCUCCAGGCUUUGAUGGCAGAGUCGUCUUGUAUCCAACCAACCGUAAUCUAAAGGACUACUUAAGCUGGAGACAGGCUGACUGUCACAUUAACAACUUGUAUAACACUGCCUUUUGGACACUGGUGCAAAAGGGUGGACUCUCAACAACUCAAGCAGAGGAGAGACUAAGUGGAACUUUGUCUGGGGAUAAGAACGAAAUGUUGUUUUCAGAGUUUAAUAUGAAUUACAACAAUGAAUCACCUCUGCACAGAAAAGGCACUACACUGAUUUGGGAAAAGAUUGAUGAAACAUCGACUAAAAGAAUCACAUUGCCCAAAGAGGGAGAAAAGGAGGUCACUUUUACACGGAGCAGAAGAAAAGUUACAGCUCAUAACUGUGAUAUAAUUGGAGAUUUGUUCUGGGAAGAGCAUCCUGAUAUUUUAGAGGUAGACAGCUGCUGAGUAUUAUAAUGGUGAGAAGACUGAAGGUGGACUAAUACAUUCUAUAUUGGCGAAACAAACAGACUGAUGUAAAUAUUAUUUCCAGAAAAUAAAUGGUUUUAAGAUGGA